CUCACGCCAGAACACGGAUACAAACAGAAGGACAUGGCGACUUUACACGGCUUGAGCACGGAAUACUCACAACAGCCCGCGUUUCCUCCGGUCACCAACCUGAGCAGGAGCGGCACCGGGCAGCCUACAGACUACAGCUUGUACGAGAGAGCGACUAUAGUUAAGAACAGCAGGCCCGUGAUGGACAGUGCGGUUCUUCUAACACACCGUAGGAAGAGAACCAACUUCACCCAGCAGCAGAUUGAAGUGCUGGAGAAAGUCUAUUCGGACACCAAGUACCCGGAUAUUUACUUGCGGGAGAGACUGGAGGCGCUGACUGGUUUACCUGAGUCUAGGAUCCAGGUCUGGUUUCAGAACCGACGUGCCAAAUCACGACGCCAGGUCGGAGCUCCGGUUCUUGUGAAGACCAAAGCAAGCAUUCCUCCCAUCAUCUCAAACAGACCAGCUUCUUCUUACCCCCUUCAUCAUGAGCAGCUGGGGCAGGAGCUGAGGGGCAACUUCACUCAAAUGUGCCAGGAGCAGGGAGGUAUCUUCAAUCACCCGAACCAAAGCUAUGACUCCCACUCCAUGUCCGGCUUGUUUGGUCAGGCUAGUGACGAGCGGAUCAGAGCGGAUCAGGUGAAGAGAGAGGAGCGUCAGCAGUGCCACAGGGCAAACAGACACGUCCUGGCUCAGAGCAAGCCAGAACCUUCAGCGACUGCCAUGUUGGUGGACUAUGACAAUUUCCCUCCAAACAGAACCAUCGGUCCUGACAUGAGAGUGGUCAUCCCUCCAGUCCCGACACAUCCCAACUUCAUCCCAAAUCGGUCGCCGCCGACACAGACGAGCUGUCCUGUGCAGCACACGCAGGUCAGAGUGCCACACGGCAGCAUUGGUCACUUUUCCCCCAUCGGCGGGAGCAGCGACGCGGGAGAUUUUUCCGAUUCCGACUCCGAAUGGGAGAAAGAAGCCCUGGCUGGAUUCAGUGCUUUCAUAUAAUCCAUUUGUUCCCAUUAUUGCAGCCAUUUUUUUUUUGUUUUGUUUAUUAAAAGAGAGAUUUUCAAUCGAUUAUUUAUUUUUUAAAGUUUCACUAUGUUACUGUUGAGAAAAAAAAACCCUAAUAAAGCAGAAUACGGUGUUCAUGAAAUCUGAAUGACUGACAACAAAAUCCAGGCAAACUUCCAUCUUCUGUGUUUAAUUAGAAAUGAACAAAACAUAUGUACACGUACCAGUUAAAUAAAAAAACAACUGGUGGAAAUCAUUUAAAAUUAAAAUUCCUAAAUGCAAAAGAAAAAAAAAAA